AUGGAACUCAGCACCCUUCUCAGUGAUGCUCAGCUAGAGUUUCAUCGCUACCAUCUGUCGGCAAUUAUCGAGAUCAUACAGAUUCUAGCUGGGAAGAAAAGUACCUUAAGUGGCAACUAUAUCAGUGAACUUGGUAUGGAGGACGGAUUUUUUCAGACCAUGUUCAACUUUGCCAUCAGCAGAGAUAAGAUACUAUGCAACGCAAAGUAUACGUCACCUGAAAUCCAUAAUCAAAUUCUCUGUCUACUCGCGAAAACUAUCCAACAAAGAAUCCGAAAUGAAGUUGGUGAUAAAAAGUACACAAUAAAGGUGGAUGAAACUCGUGAUAGGUGCAACUGUGAUAAUCUGUACUUAUGUGUGAGAUACUUACAAGACGGAAAUAUUGUUGAACAUCUACUUGCAGUUAUUCAAGUUUCCAGUUUUGAUGCACAUUCCUUGACUGACUCCAUCAUAGCAAUAUGUCCAGAGCAUGGCUUCAGUUUGGAAAACGUUCUUGGCCAAUGCUAUGAUGGAGCUAGUGUGAUGUCGGGACGAUCUGGGGGUGUUCAAAAACUUCUCCAGGAAAGACUGGGCUUAUCUGUUCCCUACGUGCACUGCCUAAACCACCAACUACACCUUGUAGUUGUGCAUGCGAUUUCGGCUGUAGAUGUUGACAUGGACGCCUUUUUUGGCACUUGCAACAUCCUGUACAACUUCAUACGUAAGCCAACUGUGUCUGUUCACUACACUGGACAAGCACUGAAACGACUGUUGGAACAGCGGUGGACUGACCACCUAGCUACUGUGAAAGUAAUCACUGGAUCAUAUAAAGCUAUCUUAACGAUUCUGUUGGGCAUUGCCACAAAUGAGAAUAACACAUACUUACCUGAAUUAGUGGUGGAGGCAAUCGGAUUGUUGAAGCUGAUCAAAAAGAAACCCUUUCUGUUCCAUGCCGUAGCUUUCCACAAAGCAUUGAGUAUACUAGCACCUGUCAACAUUCAUCUACAACCACUCAGUAUCAAUCUGAUGCAGGCUUUGAUGCUGAUAACAUCUUCGGAGCAUCCAUUGCUUUGUUGA